AUGGGAACGUGGGCGUGUGAGAAGGAGUGGGCAUACGAGGUGGGUGAGAUUGGAGGGCGAGGAGGGCGAGGGCCAGUAGCGGGAGGACCCGCGGGAGGGAUUGAGGAGGGGGAGAUGAGAAGCGGGAGAUGGGAAGGGGGAGACGAGAAGCGGGAGAUGGGAAGGGGGAGACGAGAAGCGGGAGAUGGGAAGGGGGAGACGAGAACCGGGAGAUGGGAAGGGGGAGAUGAGAAGCGGGAGAUGGGAAGGGGGAGACGAGAAGCGGGAGAUGGGAAGGGGGAGACGAGAAGCGGGAGAUGGGAAGGGGGAGACGAGAAGCGGGAGAUGGGAAGGGGGAGACGAGAAGUGGGAGAUGGGAAGGGGGAGACGAGAAGCGGGAGAUGGGAAGGGGGAGACGAGAAGCGGGAGAUGGGAAGGGGGAGACGAGAAGCGGGAGAUGGGAAGGGGGAGACGAGAAGUGGGAGAUGGGAAGGGGGAGACGAGAAGCGGGAGAUGGGGAGCGGAGAAACAGUGACAUUCAGAUGGAUGGAAGCAGGAGCAGGUAAGGCGUCCCACAUGUAA